AUGGAAAUUGAAGCUACCACUGUUCAGAAAAGAAGAAGCUUAUCAACCAUCGCCAUGCACAAACAAUCAAGAACACUAACCAAAUCGAAACCAAAGAUCCGGAUCAUCCAUGUAUUUGCACCGGAGAUCAUAAAGACCGACGUCUCCAACUUCCGGGAACUCGUCCAGAAACUCACCGGAAAACCAGAUCAUCACCACGACAUCCACCAACAAAAGGGUAUCAAUAGAAACCCUAGAUCUAGAGGAAGUCAUGAUCAUCAUCAUCAUCAUCAAGUCCAUGACAUGAACAAGAGCCAAGGAUUCUGCAUAAACUCGGAAGUAGAAGACGAAGAAGAAGAAGAAGAAGAGAUGGCGUCGAUGACGUGGAACGGUAAUGGCGGAGAGAGCUCCGGUGGGUUCUUGAACGGCUUAGGAGACUUCGACGGUUUCAUUCAGGAGCUAGGUGAAUUUCCUUAUUUGCCCUUGAACGUUGAUCCUUCGUUUGCUCCUUCUUCUUCGUCGCACUUACAUGGCGGAGUCUUCGCAGAAUCGAACCAUUUCGCCUAA